CUACCGUCCGACGCCGCCGUCUCGGUAAAGUCGCUGAACCUGAGCCGCGCCGCCGCUCUCAGAGCCGGCGGGCUGGAGACGCUGGCUCGCAUGUGCCGCGGCCUCGAGCGAGUGGACGUGUCGCACUGCUGGGGUUCGGCGACAGAGAAGCGGCUGCGCUCUCCGCCGCGGCGCCGGGCUGAGGGAGGUGAGGAUGGACAAGUGCUUGAGCCUAAGCGACGUCGGAUUGGCGAGGAUCGUCCUCGGGUGUAGUAAUCUGAGGAAGAUCGGUCUGAAGUGGUGUAUGGAGAUCUCAGAUCUCGGGAUCGAUCUUCUCUGUAAGAAAUGCAAAGACUUGAGAUCUCUUGACGUCUCCUAUCUUAAGAUCACGAAUGAUUCGAUCCGGUCUAUAGCUUUACUACCAAAGCUUGAGGCUUUAGAGAUGGUGAACUGUCCGUUGAUUGAUGAUGAUGGUUUAGCGUAUCUUGAGAACGGUUGUCCUUCGUUACAGGAGAUUGAUGUUACAAGGUGUGAGCGUGUGAGUUUGUCUGGCGUUGUCUCCAUAGUCAGAGGCCACCCUGAUCUUCAACACCUUAAAAGCCAGUCACUGUGUAUCCGAAGUAUCUCUAAGCUUCUUACAAAACAUCAAAGCUUUGAAGCAUCUCAAAACUCUAUGGAUCGAUGGAGCUCGCGUCUCUGAUACCUCUCUCUUAACCAUAAGCGCUAGCUGUAGAUCAUUAACAGAUAUCGGAGUGAGCAAAUGUGAGGGUGUGACGGACAUCGGCAUGACGGGACUAGCACGCAACUGCUUAAACCUGAAAACCCUAAACCUAGCGUGCUGCGGAUUUGUGACUGAUGCAGCCAUCUCUGCUGUAGCUCAGUCUUGCCGCAAUUUGGAGACUCUCAAGUUAGAGUCUUGUCAUAUGAUAACCGAGAAAGGUCUUCAUUCGCUUGGAUGUUACUCCAAGAAUCUUCGAGAACUCGAUCUUACCGACUGUUGUGGCGUCAAUGACAGAGGGCUUGAAUAUAUCUCGAAGUGUUCGAAUCUUCUAAGGUUGAAACUUGGCCUCUGCACAAAUAUCUCAGACAAAGGGAUGUUUCAUAUCGGUUCCAAAUGUUCCAAGCUUCUAGAACUUGAUCUAUACCGCUGUGGUGGUUUUGGAGAUGACGGUUUAGCAGCUGUAUCACGAGGCUGCAAGAGUUUGAACCGGCUCAUUAUAUCGUACUGUGGUGAUCUAACAGACGCUGGGGUUGAACAAAUCCGCCAGCUUGAACAUCUAAGUCACCUAGAAAUCAGAGGGCUAAAGAAUAUAACCGGUGCUGGUCUAGCUGCAGUUGCGUGCGGCUGCAAGAAAUUGGAUUACUUGGACCUCAAGAAGUGCGAGAACAUCGAUGAUUCAGGCUUCUGGGCGCUUGCUUACUUCGCAAGAAACCUAAGACAGAUAAACUUGUGCUAUUGCUCGGUCUCUGAUACGGCUCUAUGCAUGUUAAUGAGCAAUCUGAGUCGUGUUCAAGACGUUGACUUAGUCAACCUGAACCGUGUGACCGUGGAAGGGUCUGAGUUUGCUCUAAGAGCCUGUUGCAAUAGGCUCAAGAAGCUUAAACUUUUUGCACCUCUCAGAUUUUUACUCUCGUCUGAAUUGCUUGAGAUGCUUCAUGCUCGUGGUUGCCGCAUCAGAUGGGACUGAAGACAAAACUUACCUCGGCUUUGGCAGACUGUUAUAGCCGCUAAGAAUCAAUGGAACUUUCUUUUUUUUGAACUUUCUUAGUAGCACUUUAAUGUGAGAUCAUAUACUUGAUGCAUGUAUCAGUUGUCUAAUAUUCUAAAAUGUUUUUAUAUUCA